CACGCGCAUUGCCCGGCCCGGCGCGCUCCCGCCCGCCCGCUCCCGGCGGACGUGACGCACAGACGGCGGUGCCCGCGCGUCCUUCCGCACGUGAGGCGGCGGCGAUGGAUCCGCUCGACCGCGUCGUGAAGCCUAAAACUAAGAGAGCAAAAAGAUUUCUUGAGAAGAGAGAACCCAAGCUUAAUGAAAAUACAAAAAAUGCUAUGCUCAUAAGAGGGGGAAAUGCAAACUUAACAGUGACUGCAGUGCUUAAAGAUAUUUAUGCUGUGAAGAAGCCUUUUGCUGUCCUGUAUAAAAAGAAAAAUAUUACCAGGCCUUUUGAGGAUCAAACAUCAUUGGAAUUUUUUUCCAAGAAAUCAGAUUGUUCUCUGUUUCUGUUUGGCUGUCAUAACAAGAAGCGACCUAACAACCUGAUAAUAGGUCGCAUGUUUGACUAUCAUGUCCUGGACAUGAUUGAGCUAGGCGUGGAGAAGUUUGUAUCCCUAAAAGAUGUCAAGAACAGUAAAUGUCCCGAAGGAACAAAACCUAUGUUGAUAUUUGCUGGCGACGUGUUUGAUGUAAAUGAAGAAUACAGAAGACUGAAGAGCCUUCUUAUUGAUUUCUUCAGAGGUCCUACUGUGCCCAGUAUUCGUCUGGCUGGUUUAGAGUAUGUUCUGCAUUUCACAGCUGUAGAUGGCAAAAUUUACAUGCGAAGCUAUAAAGUGCUUCUGAAGAAAUCUGGCUGUAAAAUACCUAGAAUUGAACUGGAAGAGAUGGGACCUUCAUUAGAUCUGGUUAUGAGGAGGACACAUUUAGCUUCAGAUGACCUUUAUAAGCUAUCUUUAAAACAACCAAAAGCCCUGAAGCCUAAGAAGAAGAAGAAUAUCUCCCAUGAUGUGUUUGGCACAACUUAUGGUCGAAUCCACAUGCAGAAGCAAGAUCUCAGUAAACUGCAGACGCGGAAAAUGAAAGGGUUAAAAAAGAGGCCAGCAGAGAAGUUGGCUGAAGAUGGCGGGGCUACUCCCAAAAAGUCAAAAUCAGCUUGAUAGCCUGGAACAGCUUUGAAAACUCACUGUACCUUCAAAUUUAGUAUAUAUAUAUAUAUGUAGUAAUAUAGGUUGUCAGACAUAAAAGAUUUAUCUGCUGUUAGCUUUAGUUUUAUAAAAAACACCUUUUGAAUCAUUUGUCAUUUUAAAGGCAACAUUGGGGUAUUCAGCUUUAACAUGGAACUUGGUUAUUUAAAAUAAAAAAUGUGAUAUGA